AUGGCCGAUGUCGUUGUCCAUAAGCGACAAGCGGUUAUCGACAGACUUAAAAGACGAAUGGAAGGGUAUAGGAGGCAUAACCAAGACUGCGUUCCGCGCUAUAGCAACGCGUUCGCUGAACAGCAAAAUGUACAAGAAACAUUAAUGCUCAAACAAAAAUAUAUGGAAACAAAGACCAAAAGGAAUGUUAAAAAGAAUGACAAAAAACCAAUGGAAAAUGGCAAUACUAUGCCGAAAUUUGGCACCAAACGACCAUCCAGUGAAGACAUGGAUGGUUCGGAUGGCGUAUACCACGACGGUAUGCCAGCGCCGCCUAAGUGCGUACCCAUUCCGCCAUGCGGUAACAACGGAGUUGGCGGCGGUGCUCAGCAACAGCAGCAGCAACAGCAACAGCAGCAACAACAACAACAACAGCAGCAGCAGCAGCAGCAACAGUCUCCCCAUGCCAAAAAUGACGCGAGUAACAAUGCCAAGUUCAGUGUGAAAAUCGUGCAGGAACUCGAGUUUAGUACCAGUGAACAUCAGCACAACGCUCAGAUCUCCACCAACCUGACGCUCACGUCAGUCAACACGUCUGUGCAGAGCGACGUGACCACGAAACAGUCAGCAGGCGGGGGUCCGGGCGCGGGAGGUGGUACAGUGCCCACUGCGUCCGGAAGUGGUGGAAUUCCGGCAGGAAGUGCAGCAGGGGCGGCCGGUCCGCCGACCGACCACCCGAUGCACGAAUGCAAGCAAGAGCAACCGGACCUGAUGGAUUUCCCAGGUGACGGUGACUUGAAUGACCUGUCAUUCAUCAAUAAUAACACCAACGAACCCAUGUUAGAUGUCGAUACAGACACGUUGACCGAGAUCAUAUCUGAUCUCAACAGUGAGGGCAUCACGCCUGCCGACUUUAACCAAGUGGAUCUGUGCGACAAACGGUCCAUAAAGACUGAACCCGAUGCCAGAUGCACGCCACCAGUUAAAUCACCUUACGACCAACACCACCAGCAGCAGCAAGUACACCAACAGCAACAACAACAACAUCAACAACAGCAGCAACACCAGCAGCAGCAACAGCGUGGUGGUGUUGGAGGCGGUGGCGGCGGUGGUGGUGGCGGCGGCGGCGGUGGCAACAAUAAUUAUUCAAAUUGCGUUGCCGCCGAGACGCUAAAACAGUUAGCCGAACAACACAACAACCAGCAGCAGAGGCCGGAGAAGUGUGGUUACGAUUUCCCUUACCAGUCACCCGGUUCCGUGCCCGACUUUAUACACUCGCCUAGCACUCCCGCGGGCACUCCCAACCCGAAUGGUUAUAACAUGAUGUCACCGGUUAAUUCUAUGUAUCACCAGCAGCAGCAGCAACAAGAAAAGCAACAGCAGGAGAACAAUAACUAUUACCAUCCCCAAGAACCGCCCAAGCCCAGAAUGAAGCAACAGCAGCAGCAGCAGCAGCAACCGCAACAGCCACAGCAACAGCAACAGCAGCAGCAACCGACGGUAGCGGCACAGCGACAACAGAAACAACAGUUGCCACCGCCACCCACGUCCCAACAGCAGCAACAGCAACCCCUUCAAUCGCCCCAGUCCCGGUACAACCAGUAUAACGGACACGGAAGUCCUCAGUACCCCGUGUCGGCGGCCCGCAGGAUAACGCCGUCGCCGGGGGCAGCCUCGGCGGGCGUCUUGUCCCCGCAGCAGCCUAACGCCGCCAGUCCGGACGUGGUAACCAGCUCGUUCCAAAUGGCCCAGUCCCAACAAGUGCACGUCAGUCAACAAGGCCAACAACAGGCUUUUGGUCAAGGGCAGGCCAUCCAAGAGAGACUUAUGACCAGUGCUUCAGUCGCUUCGACAACAGCGCCAAAUUGUGGUGCGUCCAUGCAGCAAUACUAUAAUAAUUCCAAUUGUGGAGACAACGGUCAACAGUCCUAUAUGCAUAUGACUCAGUCACAGAGUAUGACAUUCUCACAACAACGUGCUAGACUGCUUAGUGCAGGAGCCAGUCCAACCAAUAUUCGACCACCAAAUAAUGUACAGCAGCCCAAUAUGACUAAUGAACAUCACAUGUUACCUCAGCACAUGAAUAGGACACCCAACCAAAUGAAUAUGAUGGGUCCUGGUGGAUGUCGACCACCUCCUCCUGAAUACAAACUAAAUGUUGCCCAAAAUAUGGGUAUGUGCCAAACCCAGUUUCCUGCACAAGGAUAUAUACCAUCAACCAGGCAGUCUUUACCUCAAGGUGCUCAAUCUAGACGCCCUAUACAACAACAACCUAUUCCACCUUCGGGACCUAUGCUACGAUCACAAAUGGCUAAUACUGGUGGUGGAGGUCCAAUGGCUGGUGGCUACGAUCGUAAUAUGUCAUCAGUUCAAAGAAAUAUGAUGUACCCGGGCUCAGGGAAUCUUCAACGACCACCAAAUGUCACACCCAGUUCAGAAGCAUUUAAUAGUGAUUGGCAACAACUGUUAGCGGCAAGACAACAACAGCAACAACAACAUCAGCAACAGCAACAACAUCAACACCAACAACAGCAGCACCAACAACAACCUCAUCAACCACAUCAACCACAUCAACAACAACAGCAAUCUCAACCACACCAGCACCAACAGCAUCAAUUUAGACCAUCAGUCACCCAAGCUUCAAUUGGUAAUUUAAAUCAAGCGGGUAACAAUCCAGUAAACAAUAUUGGUGCAGGUUAUGGUGGUGCUAAUCCAAACAUAAACGCUUGCCAAACAGGACCAAAUAACGUUCACUUGAUGGCUGGACAAAUGCAGCACAUGUCCGCUAGAAUGGCUAAUGGACAACAAACUAUGACACAACAACAACAUGCCAAUAUUAGUAUGCAGUCACAAAAUAAUCAAAUGUCAGUAAAUCUUCAUAUGUCCCAAGCGAUGAAUGUUAAGAUGGGCGGAGGUGGCCAAAGUCGUAUGGCUAGUAAUGCACAGAUGGUUUCUCAGCAAUCACAGCAACAACAACCUCAGCAUCCAUCACAUCCACAGCACCCGCAACACCCACAACACCCACAACACCCACAACACCCACAACAUUCUCAACAUCCACAACACCAUCAUCAGCAACAACAGCCUACGCCUCAACAGCACCCGUCCAUGAUGCGAGCACAGCAACAACAGUCGUUCACCCAACAGCAACAACAACAAGCAACAAUGAAUACUGGCAAUCCGUAUCAACGUAACAUGGCUUCAAACUAUGGAGGAAAUCCACAUCAGCAGCAGUACCAGCCGACAAGCACAGCAAUGCAACCUGCACCUGUUGCUAAUCCAACAGCUAUGCUAAAUACUAACAAUGGAUUACCGCCUCGUAAUUCAUUUAGUCCCAGUGAUUUCAAUUUUGAUUUCCUCGAUCAGCCACUCGCUAAUGAUAAUAAGAAUGGUUUUAACAACAAACAACAGACAUUUGGUGAUUUUAACUUUGAUUUCCUUGAUGCUCAUUAAACGUUUUUAUAGUACUACGUUAGACACUGAUACUUUGACCUAGAUCAAUAUUUAAUGCCUGUGAUAAUAACUAUGAACUUGAUCACAUUGUUUUUAAAGUUGCAUUACGGCCAAUAUAGCUUAAAUCAGAACUCUCCAUCUUUUUUUAAAAUGUUAGUUUAUUUUUAAUAAGAAAAUUUAAUUCUUAAGUAUAGUUUUUAAAAAAUGUCAUUAAUUUUGUUUAUGAUUAAACAAUCAUUUUUAAUAACCAUUAAAAAAUAUGUAGUUCCAGUGCAAAGUCAAAGCUGCAGAGGCUGUAUAACAUAACUCUACUAUUAGCUUAAAAACUUGAAAGACAUAUUAUUUAAAUUGUAUUUUAUAACUAUUUAGAAAGGUAAAUGUCAAAUACGACAUUUUGUUCCUACUUCUCUUUUUCUUUCUCACUUUGUUUCUACUGUACGACUUGCAUAAAAAAAACUAUUGUUACCAACCAAUGAGUUAAAGUAUUAUGGAAUAUCUCAACAGUGCAUAUAUUGUAAUUUAUAUUUUACUUUACGUGGUACAAUGUUAUAAUAAAUUACUUGUAAUGUGUAUUUUGAAAGAGGUGCCGAAUAGUUAUUAUUCAAUUACUACCCUACACAUUAAAUAGGUCAUUAUAUUAGUUGUAAACAUGCGACUAAAAUAAUUAACCCAAGUUACCAAAUGAUGGUCAGCAAAAAAUAAAAAUACUUAAUUUUGUGAAAUGAUAUUGAAAAUCUUAAAAAGAUGAAAAAAUACCCACGGGGGGAACAACCUCGUUUGAUCUCAACUAGUUAUUCUUGCAUACGUUUCCAAAGCGAGUGGCUCCCUGAUGAUUUUCUUCUUUUUGUUUUCUUGUUUUUUUUUUUUUUUUUUUUUUGUUUUUGUUGCCAUAA